GGAAUUUCGUCCCAAAUAAAAGGAAUGAAGUCUGGCUCCGGAGGAGGGUCCCCGACCUCGCUGUGGGGGCUCGUGUUUCUCUCCGCCGCGCUCUCGCUCUGGCCGACGAGUGGAGAAAUUUGUGGGCCUGGCAUUGACAUCCGCAACGACUACCAGCAGCUGAAGCGCCUGGAAAACUGCACGGUGAUCGAGGGCUUCCUCCACAUCCUGCUCAUCUCCAAGGCUGAGGACUACCGGAGCUACCGCUUCCCCAAGCUCACAGUCAUCACCGAGUACUUGCUGCUGUUUCGAGUGGCCGGCCUCGAGAGCCUGGGCGACCUCUUCCCGAACCUCACAGUCAUCCGUGGCUGGAAACUCUUCUACAACUACGCGCUGGUCAUCUUCGAAAUGACCAAUCUCAAGGACAUUGGGCUUUAUAAUCUGAGGAACAUUACUCGGGGGGCCAUCAGGAUUGAGAAGAAUGCUGACCUCUGUUACCUCUCCACCAUAGACUGGUCUCUCAUCUUGGAUGCCGUGUCCAAUAACUACAUUGUGGGGAACAAACCCCCAAAGGAAUGUGGGGACCUGUGUCCGGGAACAUUGGAGGAGAAGCCCAUGUGUGAGAAGACCACCAUCAACAAUGAGUACAACUACCGCUGCUGGACCACAAACCGCUGCCAGAAAAUGUGCCCAAGUGUGUGCGGGAAGCGAGCAUGCACCGAGAACAAUGAAUGCUGCCACCCAGAGUGCCUAGGCAGCUGCCAUACCCCUGACGACAACACAACUUGCGUGGCCUGCCGACACUACUACUACAAAGGCGUGUGUGUGCCUGCCUGCCCACCUGGCACCUACCGGUUCGAGGGCUGGCGCUGUGUGGACCGUGAUUUCUGCGCCAACAUCCCCAACGCUGAGAGCAGUGACUCCGAUGGCUUCGUCAUCCAUGAUGGCGAAUGUAUGCAGGAGUGUCCCUCAGGAUUCAUCCGCAACAGCACCCAGAGCAUGUACUGUAUCCCCUGUGAAGGCCCCUGCCCCAAAGUCUGCGGCGACGAAGAAAAGAAAACAAAAACCAUUGAUUCAGUUACUUCCGCUCAGAUGCUCCAAGGAUGCACCAUCUUGAAGGGCAAUCUGCUUAUUAAUAUCCGACGAGGCAAUAACAUAGCCUCAGAACUGGAGAACUUCAUGGGGCUCAUUGAGGUGGUGACCGGCUACGUGAAGAUCCGCCAUUCCCACGCCUUGGUCUCCUUGUCCUUCCUGAAGAACCUCCGUCUGAUCUUAGGAGAGGAGCAGCUAGAAGGGAACUAUUCCUUCUAUGUCCUGGACAACCAGAACUUGCAGCAGCUGUGGGACUGGAACCACCGGAACCUGACCAUCAGGUCAGGCAAGAUGUAUUUUGCUUUCAAUCCCAAGCUGUGUGUGUCUGAAAUUUACCGCAUGGAGGAAGUGACAGGAACAAAGGGACGCCAGAGCAAAGGAGAUAUAAACACCAGGAACAACGGAGAGCGAGCUUCCUGUGAGAGUGAUGUCCUCCGUUUCACCUCCACCACCACCUGGAAGAACCGCAUCAUUAUCACAUGGCACCGGUACCGGCCGCCAGACUACAGGGACCUCAUCAGCUUCACGGUGUACUACAAGGAAGCACCUUUUAAAAAUGUUACCGAAUAUGAUGGGCAGGAUGCCUGUGGCUCCAACAGCUGGAACAUGGUGGAUGUGGACCUACCUCCCAACAAGGAGGGGGAGCCUGGCAUUUUACUGCAUGGGCUGAAGCCCUGGACCCAGUAUGCCGUCUAUGUCAAGGCUGUGACCCUCACCAUGGUGGAAAACGACCACAUCCGUGGGGCCAAAAGUGAAAUCUUGUACAUUCGCACCAAUGCUUCAGUUCCCUCCAUUCCCCUGGACGUCCUGUCAGCAUCAAACUCUUCUUCCCAGCUGAUUGUAAAGUGGAACCCCCCAACUCUGCCCAAUGGGAACUUGAGUUAUUACAUUGUGAGGUGGCAGCGGCAGCCACAGGAUGGCUAUCUGUACCGGCACAACUACUGCUCCAAAGACAAAAUCCCCAUCAGAAAGUAUGCUGACGGCACCAUUGAUGUGGAAGAGGUGACAGAGAACCCCAAGACGGAAGUGUGUGGUGGUGAGAAGGGGCCAUGCUGUGCUUGUCCUAAAACUGAAGCUGAGAAGCAGGCUGAGAAGGAGGAGGCAGAGUACCGGAAAGUCUUCGAGAAUUUCCUUCAUAACUCCAUCUUCGUGCCCAGACCUGAAAGGAGGCGGAGAGAUGUCAUGCAAGUGGCCAACACCACCAUGUCUAGCCGAAGCAGGAACACUACCAUGGCUGACACCUACAAUAUGACAGACCCAGAAGAGUUCGAGACAGAAUACCCUUUCUUCGAGAGCAGGGUGGAUAACAAGGAGAGAACUGUCAUUUCCAACCUCCGGCCUUUCACUUUGUACCGCAUUGACAUCCACAGCUGCAACCAUGAGGCUGAGAAGCUGGGCUGCAGUGCCUCCAACUUUGUCUUUGCAAGAACCAUGCCGGCAGAAGGAGCAGAUGACAUUCCUGGACCAGUGACCUGGGAACCAAGACCUGAAAAUUCCAUCUUCUUAAAGUGGCCAGAACCUGAGAACCCCAACGGCUUGAUUCUGAUGUACGAAAUAAAAUAUGGGGCGCAAGUGGAGGAUCAGCGGGAAUGUGUGUCCAGACAGGAGUACAGGAAGUAUGGAGGGGCCAAGCUUAACCGGCUAAACCCUGGGAACUACACAGCCCGGAUUCAGGCUACCUCCCUCUCUGGGAAUGGGUCGUGGACAGAUCCCGUGUUCUUCUAUGUCCCAGCCAAAACGACGUAUGAGAAUUUCAUGCAUCUGAUCAUUGCUCUGCCAGUCGCCAUCCUGCUGAUCGUGGGGGGCCUGGUAAUCAUGCUGUAUGUCUUCCAUAGAAAGAGAAAUAACAACAGGUUGGGCAAUGGAGUGUUGUAUGCCUCUGUGAACCCCGAGUAUUUCAGCGCAGCUGAUGUGUACGUGCCUGAUGAGUGGGAGGUAGCUCGAGAGAAGAUCACCAUGAACCGGGAGCUUGGACAAGGGUCCUUUGGGAUGGUCUAUGAAGGAGUGGCCAAGGGCGUGGUCAAGGAUGAACCUGAAACCAGAGUAGCCAUCAAGACAGUGAACGAGGCUGCGAGUAUGCGGGAAAGAAUAGAGUUUCUCAACGAGGCCUCAGUGAUGAAGGAGUUCAACUGUCACCACGUGGUCCGGUUGCUGGGCGUGGUGUCCCAAGGCCAGCCUACCCUGGUCAUCAUGGAACUAAUGACACGUGGCGAUCUCAAAAGUUAUCUCCGGUCUCUAAGGCCAGAAGUGGAGAAUAAUCUAGUCCUAAUUCCUCCGAGUUUAAGCAAGAUGAUCCAGAUGGCUGGAGAAAUUGCAGAUGGCAUGGCCUACCUCAAUGCCAACAAGUUUGUCCACAGAGACCUUGCUGCCCGGAACUGCAUGGUAGCUGAAGAUUUCACAGUCAAAAUUGGAGAUUUCGGUAUGACACGAGACAUCUACGAGACAGACUACUACCGGAAAGGAGGGAAGGGCUUGCUGCCUGUGCGCUGGAUGUCUCCCGAGUCUCUCAAGGAUGGAGUCUUCACUACCCAUUCUGAUGUCUGGUCCUUUGGGGUCGUCCUCUGGGAGAUUGCCACGCUGGCUGAGCAGCCCUACCAGGGCUUGUCCAAUGAGCAAGUUCUACGUUUUGUCAUGGAGGGCGGUCUUCUGGACAAGCCGGACAACUGCCCCGACAUGCUGUUUGAACUUAUGCGCAUGUGCUGGCAGUACAACCCCAAGAUGCGGCCCUCGUUCCUGGAGAUCAUCGGCAGCAUCAAGGAUGAGAUGGAGCCCAGCUUUCAGGAGGUCUCCUUCUACUACAGCGAGGAGAACAAGCCUCCCGAGCCGGAGGAGCUGGAGCUAGAGCUGGAGCCGGAGAACAUGGAGAGCGUGCCGCUGGACCCUUCGGCCUCCUCAUCCUCCCUGCCUCUGCCUGAAAGACACUCAGGACACAAGGCCGAGAACGGCCCGGGCCCCGGAGUCCUGGUUCUCCGAGCCAGUUUCGAUGAAAGACAGCCUUAUGCUCACAUGAAUGGGGGGCGUGCCAACGAGAGGGCCUUGCCUCUGCCCCAGUCUUCGACCUGCUGAUCCUCAGACGCUGCUGAAGCGUGUGCAAACAGUAACGUGUGCGCCCACGAGUGGGCGGGGGGAGCGCAGGUUGUAACAAUCUAUUCACAAGCCUCCUGUACCUCAGUGGAUCUUCAGAACUGCCAUUGCUGCCCGCGGGAGACGGCUUCUCUGCAGUAAACACACUUGGGCCCUUCCUGUUCUCAAUAUGCAAGCAGCUUUUUAUUUCCCUACCCAAACCCUUAACUGACAUGGGCCUCUGCAGACCUUAAUGACAACACUUAAUAGCAACAGGACACUCAAGAAUUGAGUUUCCUCACUCUCUGCCUUUCUCUCUCUUCUGCCUUCCCUCUCUCUCCUCUCCUUUUCCACUUCCACUCUCUCCUUUUUCUUUUCUUCUGCUUCACAAUUGAAAGAUAUUUCCGAAAGCCCAGCUGGGAAGCCUUUUUUUUCUUUCUUUCUUUCUUUCUUUCUUUCUUUCUUUCUUUCUUUCUUUCUUUCUUUCUUUCUUUCUUUCUUUCUUUUUUAAAUCAGAUUGACUUAAUGGCUGUCCCUGGGGCUCUUCAUCAGCCCAUACAUACUGGCCUGACACCUUGGGUUUUUACAAAAAAAAAAAAAAAAAAAAGGAAAAAAAUGCACACACUGAGAUGGAAUUUUUUUUUUUUAAUGUAUCUUUAACCUUUUUAGGGUCAUCCAAAAUUUUAAAAGGGCCAUUGUUAAUCCAUGGUUAUCAUUUUCAUGCUGCCAAUUUUUGCCAAAAUCCUGUUUUGUUUUGUUUUUUCUUGUGCACACUCCCUGCGCUGAUUUCCUUUUGUCCAGAGGCGUGGGAUGAAACACGGCAUCUUGUUGAUAAUAUCACUCAAGAGACACGUUGGCGAUGCCUGUGUGUUCCCCGUGUGCUCCUAGCCCACAUCCCCCCAGGUCUCCUUCUGUGAUGACUAGCUUACUAUUUCGGAGAACUGGACAAGAUGGAACUUGCCCUCCUUGAAGAAGGGCAAGUCUGAACCAGCUCUUCACCUUACCCCACCCACAGCACCCCAAGAAUUCUGGAGGAAAUGGCCGUGAGCAAGCCUGAAGGUCAGGUUGUGGGUCAAGGUGGUCGGCAUACCACCACCCUCCCGUUGCCCCAGCUCCCCUCCUGCUCCCAUUCCCCCUUCCCCGAGGGACACAGAUGCGAAAGGGUUCCAGAGACUCAGCCCAGCUGUUGGUGCAGAUGAGCAAGGAAGGGGUUCAGACACGGAAGCAGCCCAGGCAGUGGAUCCAAGCAGUCUAAGCGUUGACACGGUCUCUGUUACUAGGACUUCCUCGUGGGUCUCUCAUGUCUGUGUUAGACCGUGAAACAUUUGCGUACACAUCGUCUUCAGUGUCACUUUUAUAACUUUUUUACGGUUCGGAUAUUCAUCUAUACGUCUGUACAGGAAAACAAAGCUGCUAUUAUUUUUGUUCUUUAUCUCUGUGGAUUUAAUCUAUGAAACUUUCAGGUCUACCCUUCUUCCUUUUCGCUUACUCCAAGAAACUUCUAUGCUUUGUACUAGAGUGUAACUCUUCUUCCUCCUCUCCAGCAACCGAUGCUUCUGGAUCAUAAUUUGCCAGGAACUGUUUGAUGCCUUUUUAUAAGUACAGCGCCCUUCCCCUGCUCCCUGAAGCCCAUUCAUUAUCUUCUAACCCAUAGGCUCUGUGAGCACACUGCUGGUAAGGGAGUGAGGAGGGCCAGAGGCCUGGACCCAGGUACUCCUGGGCCCCACUUUCUCCUUCCCACAACUCCCUGCACACAGCAUUGGCAUCUGUUACAGUGCAAGACAUGCCACAAACUCAGGUCAGAAACAAAAAGGUUAAAAAUCUCACACAUCUGGUUUAGUGUCUAGAUUUCUAGCCCCCACUGUUGUAAGUCACACCUUGGCUUUCCCUUUUUGUUUUGGUUGUGGCACCCAUACACACAUAUAUAUUUAAUUUUGGGAAACAAUAGCAGUUUUAAACUGCAGACAGCAUCUGGAUUAUUAUUUUUUUUUAAUGGAUAUUUAAUCCUAUCCCAUUUUUUUAAAACAACAACAACAAAACAGCUGCUGAGUCCUCAGGGUUCAGCAGAGCAUGGCCCAGCGGCCCGUCUGUGGCCUUCUGCCAUCACCUUCACCACACCAACCUACCUGUCUUAGAACCAGAAUGUCUGAAGGGGUGGCCUCUGUGUGAGCAGGGUGCAGGGUUCUGACACCCCAUAGCCAGGAACAGCAGCCUCAGUGUUCUGGAGCCCACUCCCAGAUCAGGAGGCCUGAGUGACAGGCAGAGCAGAGCUGACCCCGUGGUGGCCAUGGAGCCCUUUGAUGUUUCCUUAGCCGGAACCACAGACCUUUGGCCCUGGGGGUCCUGUUUUGUUUAGUUUUUAGCACUUCUUACCAGAGGGAUGACAGCAUGAGAGUUGCUUCUGGGAUGGAAAUAUUUAAAUGAUGAGUAAGAAAAAAGUUGGAAGAUAAUGAUUGCAGUUGUGACUGGAGAUUAAACACAGAAAAGAAAGCUUUUAGUUCUCUGGCUUGUCUGUAGUUUCAGGCUCACGGCUCUCACUAGCCUCUUCCUCACACUGUUUCCCCUUAACAAACAAAGAGAAGAGAAGGAGGAAAAGGUUUAUUAAGAAGGUAUUUCAUGUAGGAGUUUUAAUUUAUUUUGUGAUACCUGUUUUAAUCACUGUAGAGAAGCCCCUGUUAUGAAUUUUAAAUACUGAGGAAAAGUGUGCGCAUCUGUGUGUGUGUGUGUUAGAUGGGACAGUUUUUGGGUUGGGAGGGUGUUUUUUUCAAACAUUUAUCUACCUCACUCUUGUUUUUCGUGUGUG